CAAGCCCAGCCUAUGGUUACGUUUCUUCUUUCUUUCAGUUGAAUUUCGCAGAAGGGGUUUAAAGCUAUUAGGGUUUUUGGUCUUCUCCUUCUCCAAGUGAAAUUUCAUAAGACAAUGAGAUCUUCACUCAUUUCUUCACCGAUUCCUCCAUUCCUUCUUCGCUCCUUUGCAAAUCCUAAAUCUCUAUGUUCACAACCUCAAUUGCCCAGUGAACCCAAUCCAGAAUCCUCACUGUUACACAAUCGCAAUUCAAACUUCAAUAAUGCCGAGAAAGGCAACCAACAUCCUCAUUUUCCUGAGAAACCUGCUUCAGAUUUCAAUUUUCAGGGAAACCAAACUUUCCCCGAGUCCGAACAAGUCAAAUUCACCACACUUACCUCGCAAGAUACAGUUUUGACGCGAACAAAUGCUAUCGAUACUCUUUUAAGUCACAGAAACGACCCAAUGUCAGCUUUAACCUACUUCAAUCGAUUGGAACGGACACGUAAGUUUGUUAGGAGCCUUGAUUCGUUAUGUGUUCUGCUUCACAUUUUGACAAGGUCCUCAGAGACUUCUCGACGCGCGCAGAAUCUGCUUAACCGAUUUAUUUCGGGUGAUUCGGGCCCCAUGCCUACUGUUCUUGUUGAUCACUUAAUUGAGACUGCAAAAAGGUUUGAUUUUGAAUCCGAUUCACGGGUUUAUAAUUACUUGUUGAAUAGUUAUGUUAGAGCAAACAAGUUAAAUGACGCUGUUGAUUGUUUUAAUAGAAUGAUAGGGGGCAAUAUCUUUCCUUGGGUUCCAUUUCUGAACAUAUUUCUGAGUGCAUUAGUUAGGAAUAACAUGAUUUGUGAAACACAAAAAGUCUAUAACGAGAUGGUUUUGAAAGGGCUCCAUGGUGAUCUUUUUACAGUUCAUAUAAUGAUGCGUGCAAGCUUGAAAGAAAACAAACAUGAGGAGGCAAAGAAAUUUUUUAGCAACGCCAAGGAUAGAGGGAUGGAACUUGAUGCUGCAGUUUAUAGCAUGGUUAUUCAGGCUUUUUGCAAGAAUUCUGAUGUUAAUUUGGCUUGUGGGCUGUUAAGCGAGAUGAGAGAUAAGGGUUGGGUUCCAUCUGAGGGUACCUUUACCAGUGUUAUACUGGCUUGUGUCAAGCAAGGAAAUAUGGCGGAAGCAUUGAGGCUUAAGGACGAGAUGAUGAGAUGUGGGAAACAAAUGAAUGUGGUGGUGGCAACGAGUUUGGUUAAGGGUUAUUGCAAGCAAGGUGACUUGCAUAGCGCUUUAGAUUUAUUUGAUAAAAUGAAUGAGAUUGGACCUAGUCCAAACAAGGUUACGUAUGCAGUUAUGAUUGAAUGGUGCUGUAGGAAUGGGAGUAUAGAUAGAGCUUAUGAGCUUUAUACCCAAAUGAAAAACAAGGAUAUCUGUCCUUCUGUCUUCAUUGUCAAUUCCUUGAUACGGGGAUUCAUGAAAAUGCAAUCACUUGAAGAGGCAUCCAAGUUGUUUGAUGAAGCAGUUGCAUGUGACAUUGCCAAUGUGUUCACUUAUAAUUCUUUUUUAUCAUGGCUCUGUAAAGAGGGUAAGGUGAGUGAAGCAUGCAGUAUAUGGGAAAAGAUGAUGUCCAAAGGGGUGAGUCGUACUGUAGUUUCUUACAACAGCAUGAUACUUGGCCACUGCAGACAAGGCAACUUGGAUAUGGCAUCUCGUGUAUUUUCGGAGAUGCUUGAAAUGGGUUUAAAACCUAAUGUAAUCACAUAUUCUGUUUUGAUGUACGGAUAUUUCAAAAGAGGUGACACUGAAUAUGCUUUUGAUGUGUUUGACCGAAUGGUGGAUGAAAAUAUUGUCCCAUCAGAUUUCACUUACAAUACUAUAAUCAAUGGAUUGUGUAAAGUUGGUCGCACAUCUGACGCACAAGAUAUGCUGAAGAAGUUUGUUGAGAAUGGUUUCAUUCCCAUCUGCUUAACAUACAACAGCAUAAUUGAUGGAUAUUUGAGGGAAGGAUCUAUCAAUUCUGCUUUGACUGUUUACAGAGAGAUGUGUGAAAGUGGAGUUUCUCCAAAUGUUGUCACUUACACUACCUUGAUUAAUGGAUUUUGCAAAAGCAACAAUAUUGGUCUUGCUAUGAAGAUGCGGAAUGAAAUGAAAAACAAGGGUCUUAAACUGGAUGUUACUGCAUAUUGUGCUCUGAUAGAUGGAUUUUGCAAACAACGAGACAUGGAAACUGCAAGUCAGCUUUUCUCUGAACUUGUGGAAGUUGGACUGUCGCCAAAUUCAGUAGUUUACAAUAGCAUGAUAAGUGGCUACAGGAAUCUUAGAAAUAUGGAAGCAGCACUCAACUUGCAAAAAAGAAUGUUAAAUGAGGGGAUUCCUUGUGAUUUGAAAACUUACACUACACUGAUAGAUGGAUUGCUAAAAGAGGGCAAAUUACUCCUUGCAUCAGAUCUUUACUCAGAAAUGCUUGCCAAGGGUAUCAUGCCUGACAUAAUAACAUUUACUGUUUUGAUAAAUGGUCUUUGUAGUAAAGGACAAGUAGAAAAUGCACAGAAAAUUUUGGAAGAGAUGGAUAGGAAGGGUACCACACCUAAUGUCCUUAUUUACAAUACCCUGAUUGCUGGGCACUUUAAAGAGGGCAAUCUACAAGAGGCCUUUAGACUGCAUAACGAGAUGCUUGACAAAGGUCUAGUUCCUGAUGACACUACCUAUGAUAUCCUUGUAAAUGGAAAAGUCAAUGGUGGAAAUCCUCUUUCUGGAGUUUCACGUGUUUGAGUCGCAAAUCAAGCUUCCUUUCAGAAUUCCUACUGUAGCUUUGGCCCUUCAAGAUUAAAAAAUGCAUCUACCUCUGAAGGCCAGUUACAAUCAUCAUUUUGUGCUAUUUUUUGUUCUCAAAUCUUGAAUAGUUUAAUAUAUAUAUAUAUAUAUAUAUCCUGUAAAAUGUAGGAUGAAUGCUUCUCUGAAUCAUUGAGGCCGAACUGUAAAUAAUUUUUUCUGGCUACUCAGGCUCUUACGUGCAUUUGAGCACUUUUUCUAGGUAUGUAUGAUGAAUCUAAGGCAAUUUUUUA